AUGAUGACGAAACUCCGGCGUUGUUAUUAAUCCGCUUAGGUCUCAUUUAAUGCCUAGACACAAUGAUGCACCCAGCACAGCCAGGGGUUACUCCACUAACAAUCACCCCCUAACGCCCCUAGCUUCGGCCACUAUUCAAGAGCUCUAUUCCCCACCGAUGAGCUGCAGCUAUGCUAUCACCCACCAUACCAAACCAAACCAACAAGGGGCAAAUUUCAACGUCAUUGUCGUAUUCCAACCAACACAUACCAAUGAGGCUCUACUCUACUAUGUACAAGUACCCUACUUCAAUCCACCUCUUCCCAUAAUAACAUCCAAUCACGCACACACAUAACCUACCUCACAAGUCACAGUCGCAUUCACACUCACCAUGUCCUCCCGCUUCAGCGCCGCGCGCCCCAAACGCGCAGGCGAGAACUACGCGCGAGCGCACCACGCAGAACCCAACUCGAAAAAAGUCAAAUUCGACAUGCGCAACCCAUCCGCGCUCGCCCCCGACGCCGGUGAAGACGGAGACGAAGACGAAGACGGUGAUGCGUACCUAGAAGCCGACGCGGACGUGAUCCGCGGUAGCGCCGCGACCAAGCGAGGUGCCGUAAAUAUCGACGGUUACGAUUCCGAUUCCGAUAGAGAGGAAUUGGGAACGCUACAUGGAGGCAAGGCUAAGGAGAAGGAGGAUGAGGAUAUGGAUGAUAUGUUUGCGGCGGAUGAGGAUGGUGAUGAGAAGGAUGAUAUGGUGGAUUAUUCUACUGGGAAGAAGAGUAAGGAGGUUAAGUUUGUGGAUACCGAGGAUAUACAAGGGCAGGAGGCUGGGUCGAAGUCUGGUGGUCACGUACAUCUAGAUGAGGAAUCGUCCGGUGAUGAGGAUGAAGAGACGGUGGAGCUUGCGAUACAAGAGGAAGGUAUCGAUGAAGAAGUUGGCGCGGGCGGUUUGAAGAAACAUGCUCCUAAGGUUGAGGCUUUCAAUUUAAAAGCUGAAAAUGAAGAGGGUCGUUUCGAUGAGGCUGGCAACUUUGUGCGCAAGGCUGUGGAUCCAGAUGCAGUACAUGACCGGUGGUUGGAAGGCGUCAGCAAAAAAGACAUGAAGAAAGCAGCGGAGGCCCAUGAACGGCGCGAAGCUGAACAACGGCAAAAGCGUAAAGAGGACGACAGCGUUCUUACGUCAGAUCUACUCAAGUCCCUAAUUCUACAUCUAGAGCGCGGCGAGACAGCAUUAGAAGCUCUAGCGCGACUGGGCAGAGGUCAGACAAAACCGAAGAAAGUUCCUAAGUGGAAGCAGAAGAAGCAAAAACCGGAGGCUAUGGAGGUAGAUGCCGAGAAGACGCCUGAGGACCCGGAACAGGUCCGCAUCAAAGAGGCUAUAAACGCGAUAACGGAUGCAGCGGAUAAGCUGCUCGGAAGAGAUCGUCCGGAUAUCUACGAGAGGGAGAGGGAACUUCUGAUUCGAGAAUACACACGCGAAGCAGAUGAACCUUGGGUAGAGCCGCAGAAGAAAGAGGAUACCGUAGCGCCCGCAAACAAAACGUGGGAGUAUCGAUGGAUAGAUGGUAGAGACAAUGCGGAUAAGCAAGGUCCCUUCGACGGUCCUACGAUGAAGGCUUGGCAGGACGCGGGAUACUUCGGAGAGGGCGUUGAGUUCAGAGAGUCGGGCGACGAUGGCUGGACUCGCAUUGCUGAUUUUGUAUGAUUAUGAGGUCUUGUCAGGCCAUAAAACGAAUGAUACCAACGGCGUGUUAAACGAUCACGCUCCGAUUAUGAAGGCGAUUUGUGGCAAUUAUAUUGAUGUUCCACAUCCACCAAAUAAUAAUAUGAAUUAUUAAAACACUUCAUA